AUGGCCCAGAGAAAAGCGAAGAAUGAGAAGCAGCUGGGUGCUGGAGCUACUGCUCCUGAUGGUCCUGCAUUGGUGCUUGAUUAUCUUCGGAAGGGUCUUUUCGUGGCUGAUUUACAGCAGGCUACCGAGAUUUCGAUGAAUUUACACAAUAAGAUUACAAAAGCACACGCUGUGAAAGCUCUACGAGAACUACACCAGAAUAAACUAAUCGAAGGACGGGCUGCUGGGAAACAGAUAGUAUACCACGCCCUACAGGAGAGGUCCGACGAAGUGACGCCCGAGAUCAUUACCGCUUUGCAUGAGCAAGCUGAGAAAUUGCAGGAGCAAGUAACCGGUCUCGAAGCUGCAGAGAAAAAGACGCGAGCGGAGCUAGCAACCAUCUGUGCAAGACCCUUGGUCUCCGAACUUCGACGGGAUGUCGGUCAGCUUGAGCAAGAACUUGAGGCAAUCCAUGCACGCCUGGUGGAGGCGCGAGGGAGUGAUGCAGGGACUGUGCCCGUGCGGGUGAAGCUGGAUGCUCAAAGAGACUGGAAACAUUGGCAGAAUCAAGCCAAUGUGCGCGGUCGGAUUUGUCGCGAUCUAUGGCGGAUGUGUACGGAAGUUGUGCCCGACAACAUGGACCGGGAAGAAUUAUGGAGGUCUACUGGUCACAAGCAAACACUGGUCCACGAUCCUGAAAUCUCCUAUUGCCAUUGA